UUAUUACAUGUAAUAAUUUGGGUAUUUUAGUUUUCAUUUCUUGACUUAUCUGACAAAUAAAAACAGACAAAAAGAGAAGCAUAAUGUAGUACCACUUCACUACAAUUUAAAAAUUCUCUGCUAGGUCUCAUGCGUAUGGUGAGAAGAGACAAUGCACAUAAAGCCAUACUCUGUCUGAUUCCUCUGUCUUUCUUUAUUUCUACUUAGCCUUCAAAAUCUCUCAUUCUAGCAUCCUAUCUGCCUUAUCUUCUUAUAGUGGCAAAAGUUCAGUAACUAAUAGAAAGCAUUUCUUUUAACAACUUUUCUUCUCCUAGUCUCUCUCUUUCUAUCUUUCUUGCAAAAUCAGUGAAAAUGAAGCUGUUGUUCAUGUUAUUUUUGCUUGCAAAUAAUGCAAACUCAUUGUUAACUCCAAAUGGGUCUAAUUCUAAUAGAUUUGUCACAUCUGAAGAAGCUUAUCUGAAAUGGCUAAAAGCAAAGCAAUCGGGUUCCUUCAAGCAUGCUCUCUUCCAGAAGGCCAAAAACAGGUUCAAGCCCUGUUUGACCAUAAAAGUGAACAAGAAAUUAAGCUCAGUAGAUUUUAGAACAGUGCGAAAAGCUGUCAAUUCUAUACCAGUUGUCAAUAACUGCAGGGUGGUUAUCUCCAUUGGCGCCGGAACUUACAGGGAGAAGGUUGAAAUUCCUGCGAGCAUGGCUUACAUUACCCUGGAGGGUGCUGGAGCUGACAAGACGAUCAUUGAGUGGGAUGAUACAGCAGACAAAAUGGGGCAGGGGGGACAUCAAUUGGGUACCUUUGGCUCUGCAACAUUUGCCGUUAAUUCUCCUUAUUUCAUUGCAAAGAAUAUUACCUUCAAGAACAAGGCCCCAUCGCCACCCUCUGGAGCUCUGGGAAAGCAGGCAGUUGCGCUACGAAUAUCAGCAGACACCGCAGCAUUCAUAGGCUGCAAGUUCAUUGGAGCACAAGACACCCUUUAUGAUCACAUUGGUAGACAUUACUUCAAGGAAAGCUACAUUGAAGGUUCCGUCGAUUUCAUAUUUGGAAAUGGGCUCUCCCUCUAUGAGAAUUGCCAUUUGCAUGCCGUAACAAAUAGAUUUGGAGCCUUGACCGCACAAAAAAGGGGAAGCUUACUUCAAGAAACGGGCUUCUCCUUCGUCAACUGCAAGGUCACAGGGUCUGGUGCUCUCUACUUGGGCAGAGCAUGGGGCACUUUCUCAAGGGUUGUCUUCGCAUACACUUACAUGGACAAGAUCAUCACUCCUAGAGGAUGGUAUAACUGGGGAGACAAAAACAGGGAAAUGACCGUAUUUUACGGACAGUACAAGUGUUCGGGGCCAGGAGCUGAUUUUGGAGGAAGAGUGUCAUGGUCCAGGGAGCUCACUGAGCAAGAGGCCAAACCGUUUAUUUCAGUUAAUUUUAUUGAUGGCCAUGAAUGGCUUCCUAGCUCCUGAUAUCUUCAAUCUGUAUUCAGAGCACAUAAAUGGCGAGCAAUACUGUGAAAUCAACAUUCUUUCAUAAGAGAUGUUAAAUGAGACCAAGAUGCUUCGAAU